AUGUCCAACAAUCUAUAUUGCUUGCUGGAGAGUGGAGAAAUGCGUGCCCUUAGAGUAGUUGUGGAACUUGGUCUUGAGGAUGUCGUGGACAUUGUCGGGGUUGAAGGUGAUGUUAUCAAAGACGUGGAAGUGGAUGCUUUUGACAGAGCCAUAUUAGCUCUAAUAGUAGAGAUUGUUGAAGAAAUCAAUGAUCACAUUGUUCAAUUGCUACCUGGGACAGAAAAAGAGUAUAUAAGUGCUGAUUCUAUAUGUGAUAGUGAUGCUUAUUGUGACGUUGAUGUUGACUGGAUAAAUACUAAAUUUUUGAAUCAAAUAAAAUGUUCAGGGUUACCAAAUCACUCAUUGAAAUUGAAGAAAGGCGUGCCUAUUAUUUUGUUGAAAAAUAUUGAUCCAGCUGGUGGCUUAUGCAAUGGUACUCGCCUUAUUGUUAGAGAUCUAGGGACAAAUGUGAUUGAAGCUGAAAUGGUCUCAGGGAGUCACAUUGGAGAUAAAGUUUUCAUUCCUCGGAUGAAUUUAAUUCCGAGUGAUGUUAGGAUACCUUUCAAAUUUCAACGGAAACAAUUUUCUAUAAACUUGUGUUUUGCAAUGACUAUCAAUAAAAACCAAGGUCAAACUUUAUCCAGUGUUAGACUGUUCUUGCAUCGACCGAGAUUUUUUCAUGGUCAACUCUAUAUCGCUAUUUCUCGAGUGAAGAGCAAAGAUGGUUUAAGAAUUUUGGUAUCUAGCGAGGAAAAUGAUGAUUUUACUUUAACUCAGAAUAUCAAAGGUGCAGGGGGAUUGAUCAUCAUCAUAGCGCUUCUUACGGUGGUUGGUGUGGGUCGGUGUCAGAGUAGUGGUAGUGAUGCAGAUGUGAUUCGGAUUCUGAAAACCAGCAUCAAUGCUCCAAUGAGCUUUCAAUGGACGGACCCUGACGUAUGCAAAUGGAGGCGCAUUCAAUGUGAUUCGGCGAAACGCGUCACUGCCAUACAAAUUGGAAACCAGAAUCUUCAAGGCACUCUCCCCAAGGAGCUUGAGAAGCUGUCAGCAUUGCAAAACUUGGAGUGCCAAGGCAACAGUCUCACAGGAUCGUUCCCUUAUCUUCCCAAAUCGGUGCAAAAGUUGAUCAUUCAUGACAACAAAUUCAACAGCAUACCCAAUGACAUCUUCAAAGGGCUGGGUAGUUUGCAAGAAGUGAACAUGGACGACAUCCCUUUCCCUCCAUGGCAGAUUCCUCAAAGCCUUGCUGACUGUGUUGCACUCCGAACUUUCACUGCUCAGAGAGUUGGCUUUGUUGGCACAAUCCCUGACUUGUUUGGCAAGAAUGGUCAUUUCCCAGGUUUGAUUUUCUUGGGGCUUUCUGGUAAUUCUCUUGAAGGUCCUUUGCCUCCAAGCCUUGCUACUAGUUCAAUUGAGACCGUUUUGGUCAACGGUAACUCUAGGCUCAACGGUACCAUUUCUGUGUUGAAAACCAUGACAUCCCUUAAGCAAUUCUGGGCUCAUGGUAAUGCAUUUACCGGUCCUAUACCAGACAUGUCUAACCAUAAUCAUCUCUAUGAUAUAAACUUAAGGGACAACCAGUUGACUGGUGUUAUUCCACUCUCACUUACCACUCUUCCAAGUUUGAAAGUUGUGAAUUUAACUAACAAUCUCUUUCAAGGGUCCCCUCCCAAGUUCAAAGAUGGUGUAGGAGUUGACAAUUACUUGGAUAAAGGGAGAAAUCAAUAUUGCACACCCAUUCCUGGGGAACCAUGCAGUAGUGUUGUCAAUGCUUUACUAUCUGCUAUUGAGCCCUUGGGUUAUCCUCUGAUUUUUGCUAAGACUUGGUGGGGUAAUGAUCCAUGUGGUAAUAAAUGGCUUGGGAUAAUUUGCUCAGGUGGGAACAUUUCAGUUGUUAACUUUCAAGGCAUGGGUUUGUCAGGUGCCAUUUCUCCUAGUUUUGCUACCCUUACAUCUGUCACAAAGUUGGUUCUUUCAAACAAUAAUCUUACUAGUAAAAUACCAACUGAACUUACCACUAUGCCUCAUUUGCAGGAAUUAGAUGUUUCCAAUAAUAAUUUAUAUGGUAAUGUACCUAAAUUCCGGGAUGGUGUAGUUCUUAAAUUAGAUGGGAAUCCUGAUAUUGGAAAGGAUAGACCCAGUUCUUCCAGCUCCUCAGAUUCUGAAGAUGAUGAGAAUAAUAAUAAUAAUAAUGAUAAUAAUAAUAAUAAGAACAACACUACUAAUUACGUUAUUGUAGGAGUUUUGCUGGGGAUUUUUAUCUUACUUGUUCCAGGGAUUUUGAUAUAUAUGUUCUUGUGCCGCAAAAAACCUAAGCAUGCAAGAAAGUUUCAACAUCCAACCGCAAUUGUGAUACACCCUAAUCAUUCUGGUGAUAGAAAUGCCAUGUUAAAGAUAGCAAGUGCUGGUGUUCAUGGUGGAGGAGCAGAAGUAUUCAGUCCUUCUAAUAAUGCUUACCAAGUUGAAUCCAGUGGUAAUCUUUUGAUCUCAAUUGACGUUUUGAAAGCAGUGACUAAUAAUUUUGCUGAAGAAAAUGUGCUGGGAAAAGGUGGCUUUGGCACUGUAUAUAAAGGGAAAUUGCAUGAUGGGACAAGGAUUGCAGUUAAAAGGAUGCAAUCAGGAAUAGUGGCAGAGAAGGGAGUGGAUGAGUUCAUGGCUGAAACGGCAGUGGUCACGAUUCGACACAGAAAUUUGGUUAAUCUCAUGGGGUAUUGCUUGGAUGAAAAUGAGAGACUUCUUGUUUAUGAAUACAUGCCUCAAGGUACUCUUAGUAGACAUUUAUUCCACUGGGAAAAUGAAGGGUUAAAACCACUUGAAUGGAAGACAAGACUCAUUAUUGCUUUGGAUGUUGCUAGAGGUGUUGAAUAUCUUCAUGGUUUAGCCCAACAAACUUUUAUCCAUAGGGAUCUCAAACCAUCUAAUAUUUUGCUCGGCGAUGAUAUGCGAGCUAAAGUUGCUGACUUUGGAUUAGUUCGCCUUGCUCCGCAAGGAAAAGCCUCGUUUCAGACCAGACUUGCUGGAACUUUUGGAUAUCUAGCACCAGAGUAUGCAGCCACUGGAAGACUUACAACAAAGGUUGAUGUGUAUAGUUUUGGAGUAAUUCUGAUGGAGCUCAUAACUGGAAGGAAAGCACUUGAUGAAAGUAGACCAGAAGAGAAUUUCCACCUAGUUUCAUGGUUUCGUCGAAUGCUACUUGACAAAGAUUCAUUUCGAACCAUCAUCGACUCGACAAUUGAAGCUGAUGAGGAAACCUUGAGUAGCAUCAAUACAGUUGCAGAAUUAGCAGGCCAUUGCUGUGCAAGGGAGCCACACCAAAGGCCUGACAUGAGCCAUGUGGUGAAUGUGCUUUCGCCUCUUAUUGAGGUGUGGAAACCUACAGAACCAGAUGUUGAUGAAAUAUAUGGAAUAAACUUUAACAUGACAUUGCCAGAAGCACUUCAAAGGUGGAAGCAAUUUGAAGGAAAUAGCACUCUUGAUUUUUCUUCAAAUAGUUCUCCUCCACAUUCUGGAAUUGCACCUUCAUACAGAUCUUCAGAUGGACGUCCAAGUUAG